ACGUCCGCCAUUACACUCAGUACACGCUGACAGUGUUAUCGAUCAUGUGACAUGAAUCGGAGCCAUGUAAAAUUUGUGUAAACUUUAGGGUGUGUUGUUUAAAACAGUGACAAACUAGUGUUUUGCCGUUAAUUCACAUAAACAUUAACUGAAUGGAAGGAAAAAAUGGAUAUUCUUUCCAGAAAUAUAAUGAUGAUGAGAUCAUUAUUUCGGGUACAUGGAGAGUUCUGUGCCUCUCACCCACUAGAAGUGGUGGUUGCCACGGUGACUGUUAUCUCCAGCUUGAUAUCAAUGGGAACUACUGUACAUGUUGAUAAUGAUAAAGUUUGUGGAUGGAAUUACGAAUGUGCCAAAGCUCAGAAAUUGAGCAGGUCUGAUGUGAUAGUAUUGUCCUUUGCAAGAUGUGUUGCAUUAGUUUAUAUCUACAUGCAGUUCAGAAAUCUGCGUAGAAUUGGUGCUAAACACCUUCUAGGUAUUUCUGGUGUAUUCACAAUAUUUUCAAGUUUUGUGUUCUGUAUAGCAUUUGUGAAGAUGUUUGGAAACACCAUAUCAGGAUUAUAUGAGGCAUUACCAUUUUUCUUGUUCCUUAUUGAUCUGUCAAAAGCAAGUGCGCUGGCAGUGUUUGCGUUGAGUUCUACUAGUCGAGAAGAAAUACAGGCCAAUAUAGGUAAAGGAAUGGAGUUGCUGGGCCCGGCUAUCACACUUGAUGCCAUUGUAGAAACAUUGGCUAUAGGGCUUGGAACCAUUUCAGGUGUACAGCAGCUGGGUACAAUGUGCAGUUUUGGAUGUCUUUCAGUGAUUUCUAAUUAUGUUGCCUUCAUGACUUUCUAUCCAGCAUGUCUCGCUCUUGUGCUAGAGUUAACAAUAAACAGAAGUAUGACAAGUUCAGUACAGGAGUAUAAACACAUGGCAGAGGAACUGAGGCUCGAGCAUGAGGAGAAAAAACCUAACCCUGUAAUACAGAGGGUUAAAAUUAUCAUGAGUGCAGGGCUUGCAGUAGUACAUAUACACAGUCGUCUUGUUACAAAACAUAGUAUGCCAGGUACCACAGAUCUUUCUGACAACCAUAUGGAAUACAGGGAACCAGAGAUGUCUAUAUGGCAGUUCUAUCUGUAUAGAAUGUUUGCAGUACAUGUAGACUAUGGUUUAACAUUGAUGUUUGGGCUUGUGUUACUGGUGAAGUAUGUAUUUGUUGACAGACAUACAGACUUAUUAGAUAUCAAACAUACUAUAGAACUACACAGAAGUAUGAGUUCUACAGCGGCUUGCACACAGACAGAACAUACUGAAAUUACAGAAUCAGAAGAAAAUAUCCGGACAUCAUUUUCUGUGGGAGAUGACAGUGAUGAUGAUGACAGUGUAAAUGUAGAAAAUAAAUACUCGCAGACGGCAGCUGUACAGUCACUGUCACCAUUGAAGAGACUCGUUAGUGAUGAGGAACCAAGGCCCCUCAAACAGUGCAUAGAUAUACUGAAAACGGAUAAUGGAGUUCAGGAACUAACAGAUGCUGAAAUCAAGAUGUUAGUAGAGGGGCGACAUAUUCCUGCGUACAAACUGGAGGGAACGCUGGGAGACUAUGAGAGAGGUGUGUCAGUGAGAAGGCAGAUUAUAGAGGACAAAAUACAGACGGAAAAUUCAAUGGAUUCUUUACCAUUUUCAAACUAUGAUUACACCUUUGUUGAUGGGGCUUGUUGCGAGAAUGUGAUUGGUUACAUGCCGUUACCUGUAGGUGUUGCUGGUCCUCUGCUUCUUGAUGGUCAACCUUACAUGGUUCCCAUGGCAACCACUGAAGGUUGCCUGGUUGCUAGCACCAACAGGGGAUGUAGAGCACUAAGUCAAGGAGGUGGUGUUCACAGUAGGAUUAUAGGUGAUGGAAUGUCACGUGGUCCAGUGACACGAUUCCCCUCUGCAAUGAGAGCCAGUGAAGCCAAGUUAUGGCUUGAGAACCCUGACAAUUUUGAAAAAGUGAAGGAUACUUUUGACUCUACAAGCAGGUUUGCUCGCCUACAGAGACUGCAGGUGAUACAAGCAGGAAGACUGUUGUAUAUACGAUUUGUUGCCUGUACUGGAGAUGCUAUGGGCAUGAAUAUGCUGUCUAAGGGUACAGAAAAGGUGCUACAUUCUUUACAAGAAGAGUUCUCAGAUCUUGAAAUUAUCAGCUUAAGUGGAAAUAUAUGUACAGAUAAAAAACCUUCAGCAAUUAACUGGAUUGAAGGAAGAGGGAAGUCCGUGGUGUGUGAAGCUAUUAUACCAGCCAAUGUUGUGAAAAACACACUAAAAACUACAGUUCCAGCCCUGGUUGAUCUGAACAUCAGCAAAAAUCUGAUUGGCUCGGCCAUGGCUGGCAGUAUAGGAGGGUUCAAUGCUCAUGCGGCUAACAUUGUCACUGCAAUGUUUAUUGCUACAGGACAGGAUCCAGCACAGACAGUUGCAAGUUGUAACUGUAUAACAUUGAUAGAAGCGACAGGGGAGAACAACGAGGACCUGUACAUUACGUGUACGAUGCCCUCUCUAGAAGUGGGGACUGUAGGAGGAGGUACUAUACUGCCACCACAGGCAGCUUGUCUCAAGAUCUUGGGUGUGCAUGGUUCGAACACAGAUCAUCCAGGUGAAAAUGCCCAGCAGUUGGCUCGUAUAGUGUGUGGUACCGUCCUAGCAGGGGAGCUAUCCUUGCUGUCAGCAUUAGCUGCAGGACAUCUUGUCCGUAGUCAUCUAAAACAUAAUAGAUCCAGUAUUUCAGUAGGUUCAUUUCCAACGCCAGAUAGCAAACAAAGACAGUUUUCUAGUACUUCAGAUUUGGGGUCUCUACGCUCGUCACUAGAUAAUUCAUUCAGCAAUUCCUUCCAAAACUCAUCUGAUAUAGCGAGAUUACGUUCCUCAUUGUCUCAGAAUGUUCGUAAUUCCAGUGUUCGCCAAAAUCUCAGUGACUUGCCAAAACAUAAUGAAUGUAGUGAAAGAAAUAGUGAACAAAACAAGAAGAUGGAUUCUAAUCGUGCCAAAUCUACAGACACUGAUAACAGCUUAAGACAAAGAAGUUCUAAAGAUAUAAAGAAGAUUGACUCUUGUAUAAAACAUGUGUCAUGAUCGACAUCUUAAUUAGGAAACUUAUAUCCAUUUAAAUCAG